GUAUAUUGAUAUGUGUAUGCUUGUUACAGAGUUAAUAUUCUUGCCUCAUAAGGAGUCAAGUGAAGAAUUAACAAAAUGGAAGGAGUCAUAUUCCAAAGUAAUGGAACGAGUGCUUCCAUUCCAUUUCUAA